UCGCUAUGAAAUGAAUAACGACGACGUAAUAUGGCACACUAUCAACCAUUCAUUCUGUUCUUUUGUUGUCAAAACUAAAACAGGAAGGUUUUGCAGAAAUGAUGACAAUGUGACAGGAUUGUGUAAUCGACAUUCUUGCCCAUUAGCCAACUCACAGUAUGCCACUAUAAAAGAAAGAGAUGGUAUCAUCUACCUGUAUGUCAAGGAACCUGAACGUAUACCUUAUCCUGGUAAACAGUGGGAGCGGAUUAAAUUGCGCCGGAAUAAAGAACAAGCUCUGAAACAAAUCAAAGAGCACUUAAUAUAUUGGGAUAAAUGGAUAAUAAGUCGUGUUAAGCAGAGAUUCUUUCGCACAAGAGAAUAUCUUAAAAAUAUGCGGCGUUUGGCCUUAUCAAGACAAAAGAAAUUAGAACCUAUUAAUCGUACGGUUAAAAAACGUGAAUUAAGGAGAGAAGCAAAAGCAUUACGUGUACCACGCAUUGAACGUACUGUAGAACAAGAACUCUUAGAAAGAUUACGCGCAUCAACAUCUUCCAAGGAAAUAUAUAACAUAGAUCAAUCUGCCUUUGAAAAGGCUCUGGAAGCUGAAGAAAUAAAUGAAGAAGAAUCUGAUGAAGAAUACGAGGAAGAAGAAGGAGAAAUCGCCUAUACUUCAGGAUCUGACGUUGAGGAUAUUGAAGAUAUCGGAGUGAUCGAUGAGGAAAAUGAAGAAGAGGAAGCUGAACAUAAUCUUGUUCUGACAAAUCCUAAAAAGAAGCGUAAAGUUACCAUUCACUAUGAAAAAGAUGAAUGA